GGAGGCGGUGAAAGAGGAGUGGGGGAGCCCUCUGGCAUCAGGCUUGUAAAUAAACUCUGCGAUGGUUUCUUUCCCUUAUUGGACUAGGUGCUGUGACCGCUACCACCAUCUCCGCUGCCACCGCGGUACUGGGCUCUCAGGCUCGUUCCUCUUCAGCAUCUUUUGGCUUUAGCGCUUCAUCCACAUCCUCCUUCCUUAGGCUCAGCAGCCUUUCUUCCACUACCUAUCCCUCCACCGUCCCCAUACCAUGCUGGUGACCUGACAAGAAUGUGACCCCCCUCGCCUUUCCCUGACCCUCCUCCCCCCCAAACCACCUUUUCCUUCUUUUUGGGGGGUGGGCUGGGGAGGGGAGCUCGGAUCAUGGCAUUGGAGUUCCCGGGGCUGCUGCUGCCGCUGCUGCCUAGUACUACCCCGAGCUCACCUCCAAGGACCAGCAGUAGCGGAGAAGGCGAAGAAGGCGAAGGCGGGGAGGGAGAUGGGGCUCAAGUCGCGAAAGGCGGCGGCGGCGGCGGCGGCGGCGGGGGCGGUUGGCGGCGGCGGCGGUGGCAGCAGCGGCGGCGGGGGCGGCAGCAGCCCAGGCGGCAGCGGGGGCGGUAACUCUGGCGGGAGGGAUGCGGAGGACAAGCGAACGGGGCUGGGGACGGCCGGGGACGUGGAGCAGGGCACCUUGGCCCUAGGAGCCGGAGCUGACAAAGACGGGACCUUGCUGCUAGAAGGGGCGGGCAAGGAGGAGGGCAGCAAGAGGACCCCGCAAGGGAUUGGUCUCCUGGCCAAGACCCCUCUGAGCAGGCCGGUCAAGAGGAACAACGCCAAGUACCGGAGGAUCCAAACUUUGAUCUAUGACGCCCUGGAGAGACCGCGGGGCUGGGCGCUGCUGUAUCACGCCUUAGUGUUUCUAAUCGUUCUGGGGUGCUUAAUCUUGGCAGUACUGACCACAUUCAAGGAGUACGAGACUGUUUCAGGAGAUUGGCUGCUAUUAUUGGAAACAUUUGCUAUUUUCAUCUUUGGAGCUGAGUUUGCAUUGAGGAUCUGGGCUGCAGGAUGUUGCUGCAGGUACAAAGGAUGGAGGGGGAGACUGAAGUUUGCAAGGAAGCCCUUGUGCAUGCUCGACAUCUUUGUGUUGAUUGCCUCAGUGCCAGUGGUUGCUGUUGGAAAUCAAGGCAAUGUUCUUGCCACCUCGCUCCGGAGUUUACGGUUCCUACAGAUUUUGCGCAUGCUUCGCAUGGACAGAAGGGGUGGCACCUGGAAACUCUUGGGUUCUGCAAUUUGUGCCCACAGCAAAGAACUCAUCACUGCCUGGUAUAUUGGGUUCCUGACGUUGAUCCUUUCCUCAUUUCUUGUCUACCUGGUGGAGAAAGAUGUGCCUGAGAUUGAUGCUCAAGGAAUGGAGACGAAAGAAGAGUUUGAGACCUAUGCUGAUGCACUCUGGUGGGGCCUGAUUACCCUGGCAACCAUUGGUUAUGGAGACAAGACCCCCAAAACCUGGGAAGGCCGUCUGAUUGCAGCCACCUUUUCUCUAAUUGGAGUCUCAUUUUUUGCUCUUCCAGCUGGAAUUCUUGGAUCAGGGCUGGCUCUCAAGGUACAAGAACAACAUCGACAGAAACAUUUUGAGAAAAGAAGGAAACCAGCAGCUGAACUCAUACAGGCUGCCUGGAGGUAUUAUGCGACGAAUCCCAACAGGAUUGAUCUCGUAGCUACCUGGAGAUUUUAUGAAUCCGUCGUUUCUUUUCCAUAUUUCAGAAAAGAGCAGUUGGAGGCAGCAGCCAGCCAAAAGCUGGGUCUCUUGGAUCGGGUUCGACUUUCUAAUCCUCGUGGUACCAAUACUAAAGGAAAGCUAUUUACCCCUCUGAAUGUAGAUGCCAUAGAAGAAAGCCCUUCUAAAGAGCCAAAAAAUGUUGGCUUGAACAAUAAGGAACGUUUUCGGACUGCAUUCCGAAUGAAAGCAUAUGCCUUUUGGCAGAGCUCUGAAGAUGCCGGGACAGGAGAACCCAUGACUGAAGAACGGGGCUACAGUAAUGAAUUCCUCAUAGAAGAUAUGAUCCCCACACUCAAGUCGGUCAUCAGAGCAGUCAGAAUACUACAAUUCCGUCUCUACAAAAAAAAGUUCAAGGAGACUUUGAGGCCUUAUGACGUAAAGGAUGUUAUUGAACAGUAUUCUGCAGGACAUCUGGAUAUGCUUUCCAGAAUAAAGUAUCUUCAGACAAGAGUAGAUAUGAUCUUCACCCCUGGACCUCCGUCUACUCCAAAACACAAGAAAUCCCAACGAGGCGGAGCUUUCACCUAUCCUUCCCAGCAGUCUCCAAGAAAUGAUCCGUAUGUAGCCAAAGCAUCCUCGUCAGAAAUUGAAGACCAAAGCAUGAUGGGGAAAUUCGUCAAGGUCGAAAGACAGGUUCAUGACAUGGGGAAGAAACUGGAUUUUCUUGUUGAUAUGCACAUGCAGCACAUGGAACAGCUCCAAGUACAAGUUACAGAAUACUACCCAACCAAAAAGGCCACUGCUACCCCAGCAGAGGUCGAAAAGAAAGAGGAGAACAAGUAUUCUGAAUUGAAAACCAUUAUCUACAACUAUUCUGAACCCUGCACCCAUGAAACCCCCUACAGCUUCCACCAGGUCCCAGUCAACAAAGUCAGCCCCUAUGCUUUCUUUGCACAUGACCCAGUGAGCUUGCCUCGAGGUGGAGGAGGACCGCCAUCAGAGAGGGAGAAACUCCCGAGGACUCUCCCCUCCUCGGUCCCCUAUGCAGAAAGACCCACCGUCUUGCCUAUCCUCACUCUCCUAGACUCUCGGGUGAGCUACCACUCCCAAGCUGAGCUACACAGCCCCUACCAGGAACGAAUCUCACCCCGGCAGAGACGGAGCUUCACCAGGGACAGUGAUACACCACUCUCCCUUCUCUCUGUCAACCAUGAAGAACUAGAACGCUCACCCAGCGGCUUCAGCAUCUCCCAGGACAGAGACGAUUACCUUUUUGGCCCAAAUGGGGGCUCGAGUUGGAUGAGAGAGAAGCGUUACCUGGCCGAGGGAGAGACCGACACGGACACAGACCCCUUUACCCCGAGUGGUUCUAUGCCUUUGUCUUCUACAGGGGAUGGGAUUUCAGAUUCCAUAUGGACUCCUUCCAACAAGCCAGUUUAAAGGGGGAGGAGGGGUCACUGGAUGGCCUCUCCUUGUAAUGUAGACAAACUUUGUAUAGCUCACUUACUCUUACACCCAAAGCUUACUAGUUGGAACACCAAUGGCUGCAUUCAAUGCAUGUGUUAGUAUUAGUCACUGCACCAUUCCACGGGGAUUUACAGCUACAUUUUUUUUCCCAAGACACCACAAGGAAGCCGCUUCAUUUUGAGCAUGCUUUGCAUGACUUUACACUAUAUAAAUGGUACCGCUACUUUCUUCUAGAAUACAUAUCUAUCUGCUAUUCUUACUUCAGAACCACAAUUGGGCCUGUGCAGGGAGAGACUAUAGAAGAUUUCACGCUCCUUUUCUUUUAUAAACAGAGAAUAUAGUUCAGUUAGUUCUAGAAUCACUGCCCGUUUGUGUUCUAGCACCUGCCCUGAAAUCUGCACCCAUUUUUCAAAAUAAUGAUUUCAUUUUCUUGAUAAUUUCACUAGCUCUCAAAAAUUCCUGGAAUGGAGAGCAAGCUUAGUGAAGUCUAACCCCCUGCAUUAAUAUGACACAAUUCAUUAACAUUCAUUAACUUUUGGAGGAAUUCUGAUUUCAUUCAUGUAUGGACCUCCCACAACAGAAACUCCUUCCACUGAGGCCAGUCAGCAACCUCUCUGUAACUAAUCUUCAGCUGUGUAGGAACCCUGAGAAGGUUAGUGAUGCCUUGUUUCGCAUAGCUAGUAUGUGUCAGAAGCAGGACCUGAAAACAGGUCUUACUGUUUCCAAGGCCAGCCCUCUAUCCUGUAUAUCAUGUUGUUUCUCCUUAAAUAUAAUACAGAGGGAAAGGAAGGGCAUCUAUCUCUUUUCCUAUACCGUGGAUACCUUAAUUUAUAAAGAAACUAGAAAAAAAAAUUAAGGCUUCCAAAUAGAAUUUUACUGAGUCAUAUUAAAUAAAGAACAGUUUGCUGCUAAUUCCAUUGUCCUCAAAAAAGGACCCAAUUUGUAUUCCCUUCAGGUAAUUGUCUGCAAAAUAUCCAUUGGGAAUAGAAUCAACUUUAGAGAUCAUUUGGAUUCAUCUCCAUUAAUCACAUCUUUACAUGUGUGUAAAAUGAGACCUAGAGAAGUUAAAUGGCUUUCCUCAAGUCAGAACAGCAGAACAGAUUUGAACACAGGACUCAGGACUUCUAAGCCAUUUACAUAUUCUGUGUAGAAAACAGGGAUCAGAAAUCAUACUGAGAUUUAGACUAGAAUCACAGAGAUCCAAGAGACCUUAGAAAUCACCUAGACCAACUCCUGUCAAUUAGUAGAUGAGAAAAUUGAGGCCCAUAAAAGUUGUUAUUCAUGGUCACACAAGUAGUAAGUGGCUCAGUGUUUUCUCUGUGGCUGACUUAGCUGUGGUACCUUCAACACAGAAUGUCGGUUACUUUAUGCCCUAAUUGACCAGUGAAAACCAUAAAAUUUGUUUUUAUUGUAAAACACAAUACACUCAUUUUUAUUCUGCCUAUUUUGCUUCAAGAAAAAUGGCUCAUAGUAGCUUUACUGAUGCGUUAAUUGGCCAAUAUGACAACAAACACAUUUUCUUCAUUAAUUCAAAUGAGAUCAUAUAUGUAAACUGCUUUGAGAAUUUUAGAGAGUUGUGUCAUUCAUUAUUAUUUUAUUUCAGUGAAUGCAUAAUUGCAUUACUGUGGGGUACUUCCUCCAUUGAUACAAAUUAUAAUGAAGUUUAUCCAUCUGUUAUUUCAUUGGUUAUUAGGUGAAGGUUUCAUAUUAUUGGUACCAAAAGUUAGAUGAAUAUUUGUCAAUUGGAUACUCCAUCAGGGUAUUGGAGUAUGAAGGUGACCCUGGCCUAUUGAAAGCUACCAAGUUGGAAUAGAUGCAAAUAUGGUCUCAGCCAUUGGCUUCAUCUGAUGCCUAAGGACCGUCCUGACUCGAUAUAAACAGAUUCAUUACUAGAAAAUUGGCCAUUCUUUAGCCAUGUUCAUCCAUUCUUCCUCUCACACUUUUAUGAAAAUACUUCAAUCUUAAGUGACAUUGGAUCAGCACAAAGUUAAAGCAAAUAGCCUUGUAGCAUUGUCCCACGCUACUUACUAAGCACAAUCUGCCUGAGGUUUCUCUUUACCACUUGAUAAUCUAUAAUGUACUCAGUGGAAUUUCUCAGGAAGAUUGGGUCAUACAGAUGGGUACCAUGUCAAUGACAGCACAAGCAUGUAUCAGUUCUGCCCCUCUUUAAGCAGUUGCUUAUUGGUUCCUGAAGAACUCUAUCAAAAUGACCCAAUUAGCUAGGCAUUGGGCACAUUUUGGUGCCUAUAUAUCACCUGUAUAUCAACAAGGCUGAAAUCCUUGCCUAGAGGAGUAACAGUGCUGGCAGAUGCUUUGGUAAAUAAGUUUAUACAUUAACUACCGAAGGGAUCUUCAUUCUUUUGGUAGGGAAGAACAUCUUUUUUAGGUUCUGAGGUCUAGAAAUUACUUAGACAGGAGGAGGGAAGAUGGGAAAGGAGAACAUUGCUGAUGGUGUUUGUAAUCAGCACACAGGAAGGGGUACUGACUGAGGAGUUUGAGAUUGGUUGAGGGGCAGAGCAGGAUUAAGGAGAAAAUAACCUGGUUAUGAGAACCUAGGGUGUGGUCCUUGCUAAGACUUGCUGCCACAAGCAGUGAUCAUAGAAAUAACUGCCACCUUUCAACCAGACACAUUGAGCUCUGACGUGGAUUAUUGGGAGCCUCUGACCCAAUGGGUCAAAUGUACUUUUCUCAGAGAUUGAUUUCUGACUAAUCUAGAAGUCAUCAUUUACCAGGAAUGACUGAAAUAUCUCCAUUAACACUAUAUUGUUAUUUACUUAAAGUUUUUUUAAAAAGGGAUUGGUGGAAAUCUGACCAAACUUUCUGCCUUUGCACCAAUUAAUUUUUCUAACAAAUUGACACUCUCCUAGAAUCUUGACCUUGGUGUCUUAACAGAUAACAGAUGGUGUGAGGGGACAUUUACACUCAUUCUUGCUGAUCAAACCGGAGUGGACUUUUGCCUCCCUUCUAGAAACAUCUUCUUUGGACAAGGCAUUUGCUAAGCAGUAUAAUUUCUCGUGGGCUGCCUGGGCAGGGAGUGGGUUCACUUUCACUAAAGGUCUUCAUGAGGAAAUUGAAUGAGUAUUCAUUCUUGUUCAGGUAGCUUCGUACAAAAUAAUUUCUGAGGUCUCCAAAGAACUUUGACAUUCUGUUGCAUAUCCAAAAAGCUUCCAGCCUUAUAACAAGGUGCCACUGAGGCACUAAAGACUAAAAGAAGUGCCAACUUUCAAAGCACUCUAUGUUUUAUUCCUUUCUUUCUAUCCUCAGCAGUUAGCAGCACAGUGUUUGGCACGUAGUAAGUGAUUAAUUAAUGCUUGUUAAUGACAGACUGACUCUUUGAAGCACGGCCAACUCAGAUUAGAACAGAGAGCUUAGCUUUUAUCUGGCCAAUCAAUCAAUCAAGCAUUUCUAAAAUACCUUACAUAUGUGCCAGGCACUAUACCAGGCAUUGGGAAUACAAAAACAAGAAGAGAAAUCUUACCCUUGAGAAGCUUAUAUUCUAUCAGAUAGCCAGCCUCAUGAAAAGAGGACUGUUUCCACAAAUAUAUUGACACUUCAUCAUCUCCAUAAGUGAGUUUAGAGGACCAUUCUUCUAUCAGAGUAAAAUGUCCUCACCUCUGAGGACAAGAUGGAGGCUCCAGCCUCUAAUUUGAUCACUUUGGGCUGGCUAGUCUCAGACCACCUCAACAAAGGAGUGAGCUCUGGAUUGGCUAAGAUUUUUUUCUUUGUAGGUGAAGCCAGAUUUCUCCUCCUUCCUUCUCUUUCCUAAAUCCAUUACAAGAGAUGCAGCCAUUCCUGAUGGACAUUCCUAUAAUUUGUGAUAGGAUUUGGGCUAUUUUUAUCCCUCACCUGCAUCCCAAGCAUCAUCAAUUUACAGAGCUUUAGCCUAAAGUCUAACUCUAAUCUUUGAAACCUUUGCUCCAUGGUAGAACACCUUUUAAGAGGAAAUCAGCUAAUUUUCUGUAGACAUCUGCUGAUUUGGUCAGUGGCCUGAAUUUACAUUUUGUGGGAGAUGAUAAGGAUGUUCUCUUUAAAUUCCCACCCUUAGAGUUACUAUACAGCCAAUCUUUAGCAGUCUUUACAAACCAAAAUUCCAUGAAAAUUCCAUAUCAUGUGGAGUAGGGGUUGUGCUUUGAUGUUAUUGGUAUAGAGAAUGUCCUAGAGAGAGAAACUCUCUUUACCAAUAUGGGUAGGAAGCUUCUGUGAAAUUUAAAGUCUUAAAGAGAUAACCUAGAAUACUGAGAAGUUAAGUGGCAGACCCUGAAUCACAAAGCUAGAUGAAGGAUUUAAACCCAUGUCUUGUAGGUUCUAAAUCUGGCUGCUCAUUAUGCCACAUUGGUUCUUUGUUGUGCAGAGAUCAUUUGAUCGUGAACAUCCUACAGAAUUUAUUUCUUGAUCUUAGCUUUUAGUGACAAAGGUAUGUCAAUCUGAGGGUAUAUUUCAAAAGGAUUCAAAUGGUUUCAUUUUCCAUACCAAGUCUCGUCAUCAUUGUUAAGGAUGGUUUAUUGCUAUAAACAAACAGCUAAUGGAAGCAGCUGUGGCUUGAAAUAGCCUGCUGUCACACCAGGUUUUCCAGAGUGUAACAUUAUUAGACACCAGGGAAUUCGCAUGUAAGUUUGAUCUUUGUAAGCCAAAGGAAGUUAUGGGAACAAGUUUAUGUUUAUAUUCAAGAUUCAGAACAUAAGAAUCCCUUUUAUUUUCACAAUUCAGUGUCUGUAGUGUAUAAUGCCUUAAACUGGACUUUUUCACAUUGCUAUGAAUACUUAAUUAACUUUAGAAAUUUUCACAGCUCAAAAAAAAAACAGGUGAAGCAGGUACCCUAAAAUGUUUAGUAUGGAGAUAUUAUAACCUUAAGGCACUUAUUAAUAGUGAUACCCCUGCAUUUUGAAUUAUUUGCAUUUAACUACUGAAAUCAGAAAGCUGUUACUACCAUGGGAAGAUAAUAAGACCUGAUUGCUUUGGGUGCAAUUCAUGAAUCCCUACUAGGUAUUAUAUCUUAUGGUAUGCUAAAUUCAUAUUUUCAUGGAUGAACAGUUGGGAAAAAAUGCUGCAAAAUGACAGGGAUGAUUUAAAGUGAAGGGCCUGGUGGGUGCUUACCAAAGACCCAUGUGGCCUUUUUCAUUCUUUUUUCCCCAAUUAGAAAAGUUAUGGAACCAAGUCAAAAUUAUGCUUGGCACAGGGAGCCCAUGGUUUGGUGGGAGUGAUAGAUUUCUGGUUCUGAUUCCCAUUGAGACUUACAACACUAUCACAGUGGCUGGGAUGCUGGGCUUGGAGUCAAGAAGACCUGAAUUCAGACUCUGUCUCAGACACUGUAUAACCAUGGGCCAACCACUUCACCUCCAUUUUUCUUAUCUGUAAUUGAGAGGGUUGGACUCAGUGGCUUCUAAGGUCUCUUAAGCUCUAAAUCUAAGCCCCUAUGAUGGCUUCAUUUAAAUUUUCUCUACUUUAGCACCAUGGCUGGUAAUUGGUGGACAGUAUUUCUGUUUCCUUUAUUUGCUGGUACAGAAAAUUCAGAAAUUUAAAAAUAUACAGCACCUAGAGAUUAAAAACAUUGAAUAAAAAAAAUUUAUUCGGUAUAGUACAGUGCAGUAGACAAGGUAGACAUUUUCCUGCCUUCCCAUUCACCCUGAACAAUGGGCAAAUGUUCUGAGUCUUCAGAGGCUGCCCUUGUGGAGAAGAUAAUGUUCCCAUGUAUUGGAAGAGAUCAUUUUCCCUUCCCCUACUUCCAGCUUAGAUCCUUCCAACAGAGUCUACCAAAAGUCCUUAAGACUCAGUGCCAUUUAGACCAUACCAAUACGCCCACUUUUUUUUUCUUUUUAACUUUUCCCAAUUGCUUCUCUUCUCCACCCCACCAUCUCAACAAAUUAUCUGGUCUGCUACCUAGACUCACCCUGCCUCUAGAGUAAAUACCCAAGAAGUAUCUAUACACACAAGCCAAUGUGACAAAAUUCAAGUUAGAAACCAAAUAAAGAAUAAGGUGAAUUUGGCAAAUCCCAUGAGAUCUACAUGACCCCAAAUAACUGUUUUGGCUUAAUAGCCUUCUUUGAGCCUCUAGUUUUCUUUUUAAUUAAUCCUGCCAUUUCAUAGCAUGUUACAAAACCCCUCCACCAAAGAGUCAGAAGGAAGUAGAAACAGAUGUUGCUAAAGCUAUUCCAUGCUAGUGACUCUAGAGAAUGGUUGGGUCAUUGAGAAAGUUCCUUUUGGCUAAAACAAGAUUUGGGAACUGGGUCUGGAUGUCAGUAAUUAAUUUCUAUUUAUGAUAGAGGUCUAGAUGCCCUUGCCAGAGGGUGCUUUUUUCUUUUCUUUUUUUUUUUUUUAAAAAGAUCAUAGAUUUCAAGCUGGAAAGGUUCUUUUAGGUCAUCUAGUCCAAAACCCUCCUUUUACAAAUGAAAAAUCUGGAGCCCAGAGAGGACUUUGUUGCUUUCCUUUCACUGACAUUUCUUUUUGUUUGUUAUUUGGCUUUCAGUCUUUGUCAUGUUUUAUGAAUAUAGGGGAAGCUUCUCCCAAGAGAGAGCAUACAAGGCCUCAAGAGGUUGGCCAAGUAAUUGAAGAAAUACUCACUGAAUCCUACGUACCUUGUCCCCUAAACCUCACCAUUCCAACAACAUCAGCCUGAUUUUCAGCAAGACUAGGGGUUGAAACAAACAUUAGGAGAAAAUUAUCAUUUUCAGUGAGCCCUCAAAUGUCCAUCUGAAAGUCUGCAGGGUGAAUAAUUAUGCAAUAAUCAAUAAUACUGGCUUCAAAUUUAGAAACCAGGUGUUCACUCUAGAUUUGUCAAAGGAUUUUCCAUUUAAUAUCAUAAGCUGGAGAGAUAAAAAUGCUUGAGCUGAUAUUUAUUUCAUUUUUAUUUGAGCUGAUAUUCAUAAUAGUCCAAAGAAAUGUAAGCUCUCAGAGAACAGCCAUUAUUUUUUUUAUUUUUUCAUUGUAUUCCCAGCAUCUAGCACAGUGCUUUGCACAUAGUAGGCACUUAAGAAAUGUUGGUUGAAAUGAAUGAAAAUGAAUUGAAUUGUAUCAAACAGAAUUGAAUUGAAUUGAAUCCCUAUGCUGACCUCCAUGAUCCCAGUUGAAGGUUAGCCUUAAUUCCUCUAAUUUGGGAAAGAUACUAAAUUAUUUUCUCCCUGAGGCUAUAUGCAGGAAUUUUAUAGUAAAAGGUUAGAGGAAGAUUUACCAGGUCUAUAAAAAUGUUUACUGUGGGGGAAAACACACCUUCCUUUUACUGGCUGGCUGAACCAGUUUUAACUAGUUGCUGUGUGGUUGCUCUCAGACCUGACACAAAUCCAUAUCCCAACCAAUCAGGGAGAAUGGCACAGGAAUGCACCCUCCCACCAAUGAUUCAAAACAAGAAGGUCCCUAACAACACUUCUAGGAUAUCGAGUUCAUAGUUGCUGUUGUUGCUGUUAUUGUUUAUUCUUUGUUCUCGAAGAGGACAAUGACAUCAUGGGGGUGAUGCCAUGACA